GAAGGAAGACACGAGAAAACAGCCCAGGCUCCUGCCUAGACACAGCACCAUGCAUCUCCUCGGCCCCUUGCUCCUGCUCCUUGAAUACUUGGCCUUCUCUGACUCAUCCUAUUGGAGGUUUAAUCACCCCCACACUCUCUACACCUGGGAAAAGGCCUGCGUCUGGAUUCCCUGUACCUACACGAUUCCAGAGAGAGAUAGUGUGCUGGAAAAGCUGACCGUGUACAGCAACUAUGAAUAUAAUGACACCACCAAGGACUUCCAGGGGUCCAUUCUCUAUGAGACCAAAGAUUUUAAGAAUAAUCCUCCUCAGGAGAUGAGGGUUCAGUUCCUGGGAAACAAAAAUCUCAACUGCACCCUCCACAUCAACCCUGUGUCUAAAGAAGACAAUGGCUGGCUGGGAAUCAGAGUGAAUACGAAGACUGACAAAUGGAUGGAGAAAAUAAACCUCAACGUCUCUAAGACGCCGCUUCCACCUCACAUCCAGCUCCCUCCAGAAAUCCAGGAGUCCCAGGAAGUCACUCUGACCUGCCUGCUGAAUUUCUCCUGCCCUGGGUUCCCGAUCCAACUGAAGUGGUCCCUGCAGGAGCCUGCCGUCACCCUGACCUCCCUGAGCACCAAGACCGUCUCCACCCAGAGCAAGCUCACCUUCCGGCCGCAGUGGACGCACCACGGCAAGAACCUGACCUGCCAGCUCUGGGAUCAUAAAGCGGAGCGGGUGCUCUCUGAGGACACGGUGUGCCUGGAUGUGAAGCAUGUCCCAAAGUUGAAGAUUGAGGUCAGUCCCGGAGGAGCCAAUGUAACAGAGGGAGAGUCUGUGAUCAUGACGUGCCAAGUUAUCAGCAGCAACCCAGAGUACCGGAGAAUAGCCUGGCUCAAGGAUGGGAACACACUGCAGGAGCAGGAGACAUUCACACUAACUCUGUCCCCUGUGACCAAGAAGAUGAGUGGAAAGUACCAGUGUGAGGCCUUCAAUGAUGUAGGCUCGGGACAGUCGGAUGGAGUGGUCCUUCAAGUAUACUAUGCUCCGGAACCUUCCAGGGUUGAGAUCCUCUCCUCGCCAGCUAAGGAGAGAAAUAGAGUAGAGAUGACCUGUGUGUCACUGGCCAAUCCUCCUCCAACAAAUUACACCUGGUAUCACAAUGAUAGAGAAGUGCCAGGAAUUACAGGCAAGGCCUUCCAGAUCCCAGCGGUCCUCGUCGGGCAUGCUGGGAGUUAUUCCUGCUUGGCACAAAACAGCCUUGGUCUUGGACAAGUUGGCCAGAAAGCUGAGUUAGACGUCCAAUAUCCCCCCAAGGAGGUGACCGCAGUGAUUCAGAACCCCACGCGGAUUCGAGAAGGAGACAAUGUGACCGUGUCCUGUAACUAUAAUUCCAGUAAUCCCCGAGUUAGCCAAUACGAAUGGAACGUCCAAGGCUCCCGGAAUAAAGUAUUUUCUGAGGUGCUGGUAAUUCAGAAAGUCUCCUGGGACGCCAGGCCAAUCGCCUGUGCAGCCUGUAACCAGUGGUGUUCGUGGGCUCCCUCUGUCAACCUGGAUGUCCAGCAUGCCCCCAAGGACGUCAGGGUCCAGCAGACCAGCCCCUCUUCUGAGAUUCACUCCGGGCACCGAGUCCUCCUGGGAUGUAACUUCUCAAGCAGCCGCCCCAGAGAUGUCCGCUUCUUCUGGAAGAAAAAUGGAAUCUUCCUGAAGGAAGGAAGAGAACUGAGCUUUGACUCCAUCUCUCCAGAAGAUGCUGGCAUUUAUAACUGCCUGGUGAACAACUCCAUUGGACAGACCAUGUCUGAGGCCAAGAUGCUCCGAGUGCUGUACGCACCAAGGAUGCUGCGCGUGGCCAUUAGCCCGAAGGAUGAAGUGAUAGAGGGGAAGAAGGCAGUCCUGACCUGCGAGAGCGAUGCCAACCCUCCCAUCCUCCAGUACGCCUGGUUUGACUGGAAUAACCAAAACCUCCGCCACUAUGAUCAGAUGCUGAGAUUGGAUCCGGUGAAGGUCCAGCAUUCCGGCGCCUAUCGGUGCCAGGCGACCAACCGGCUGGGCACAGGCCAGUCGCCCCCCGGCACCCUCACUGUCUACUACAGCCCGGAGACCAUCGGCAGGAGAGUGGCCGUGGGCGUGGGUUUCUGUCUGGCCACGCUCCUCCUGGCAUUCUGGGGAGUCAAGCUGCAGCGCAGCUGGAAGAGGAUACGGAGCCAGCAGGGGCUCCAGGAAAAUUCUAGUGGGCAGAGCUUCUUUGUGAGGAAUAAAAAGAUUAGAAGGGUCCCGGUCUCCGAAGACCCCCACUCCCUGGGCUGCUACAACCCUGUGAUGGAAGAUGCCAUCAGUUACGCCACCUUGCGAUUUCCUGUUGGCGAGACCAACACACCAAGAACUAGAGAUGCAGGGACCCUGGAGGCAGAGGGACCUUCUCCAAACAGGGACGACACCGUCACUUACUCUGUCUUGCAGAAGCGUCGAGUGGGCGACUAUGAGAACGUGGUUCCAGAAAAUGUAGAAGACGAGGGGAUACAUUACUCGGAGCUGGUUCAUCUUGGGGUUGGGGAGCGGCCUCUGGGCCAGGAAGCGGUGGAGUACGUGACCCUCAAGCACUGACAGGCCAACCCCAUGGAAGCAGAGGCUCUGAGAGACUGCAAAGGCCAGGUGGGCGUCGAGCUCGCCCGGGGACUGCUGCUCAGCUGCAAAGUCCCGCGGCCUCCCCGCCAACUUACAUGCACACACACACACGCACACGCACACGCAUGCAUGCACACGCACACAAUUACCGAAACCUCAGUCGGCGCACAGAACUUCCUCCGUGGCCCAGAGACAGGCCCCCCUCUCAACACUGGUAACCCUGCCCCCCCUCCCGAAGGCCUGCUCCCCGUCCACUCUCCUUCCCAUACGGGGAGUCAUCUAAACACCUACCCUGCACUGCCCAAAUCAUCUUGCCCAUCCCCGACCAUCUGCCACCCCCUAUCCCCUCUCAAACCCCGUCCACAGAGGCCCGUGUCCCUGCUGGGAUCAGCUUGUUACUGUAUUUUUUUCCUUUCCCUCUCCAACCUUCGAGCCCCUUACCCCUGCUCUGAAAGCCCCACUCACGAAUCCUGUGUCUAGUUUCUUCUGCCUCUGGGGCAAAGCGCAGGGAAAGAGGGGCUGUCCUGAGCUGGGGCUGGGCUCUCCUCCACGUGUCAGCGAGGCAUUCCAUUAGCUGCUGCGCCCCCCCCACCCUUCCCCCAGGGGUCUGGGGGGCUGAGACACAUGCCGACGUGGACAGACGUAUAACACACACAGAGCUGCACAAU